UUAAGAUGGCGUCGAAAUAUGUGAUUUGAUAGCUGCAUGUUUUAAAGUAAUACAAUUUCAAAGUGCUUAUUAUUAUUCAGUUUUAUUUUUUAUUUAUUUUAUGGUGUAUAGUGUGGUUUGUUUAUAUUGUUAAUUGAUAAUUGAAACAUUCAAAAGGACACAAAGUGUUCAUACUACAUAGAUUCGACGAAUCAUGAGCAAUUACGAAGAUGAUCAAAGUGAAGACGGAGAAUUAGCACGAAGUCCAAUUCAGGACGAAAUGGAUUUCAGUUUGUCUGACGAGGACCGCGAUAACGCUGAUUCUUUGAUAAUUAAGCCGCCUCAAGCGGUUAUUCGGUCGCAUCGAGACAAAAGGAGUCACAAACGUUCUGGCAAAGAAAGGUACAAAGAAACUACGAGAAAAGAGAAAAAGCAUCUCUAUAGGGACCGGGAUAAGAUGGAAAAACCAAAACGUGAGGUUGGUAAACCCAUUGAGCGUGAUGAUGUACCUAAGGACUACUACAGAGAUAAACAAUACUACAGGGAAAAGGAAGUAUACCGCGAUAAUAAAGACAUACGAGAAAAGGAAAUGUAUAGGGAACGAGAAAUAAGAGAUAAGGAAGUAUAUAGAGAAAAAGAAGUUUAUAGGGAAAAAGAUCCCUAUAGGGAAAGAGAGCACUAUAGAGAGAGAGAAGUUUAUAGAGAUAAUGCAUAUAGAGAUUUAGGUAGACAAAGGGAAGCUUAUAGAAGUAAAGAGGCAUACAAAGAAAAAGAUGUCCAAAGGGAUCGUGAUUUAUAUGUUAAUAGAGAUAGGCAGUAUAAGUACACUGAAGCUGAAAGGAAGCAUAUUGAGGCAGAAAAGCUUGAAAGUACGUCACAGAGGUUACAAAUAAAUGCUAGGUUACAAAUGCUGGCUGAAGAAACUAGAGGUUCUCAAAAUAAUGAAAAAGAAAAUAGAGAUAAAACUUCUGGAGAUAAGGAAUUAGAAGAUUUAAGGAGCAGAAUAUUAAGUAAAAGGUUGACAAAAGAACUUCAAACACAAGAUACUAAAAAACACUCUGAUUAUGACAAAGAAGUUAGGUCUGAUUCCAGUAGACACUCAUCUCUAGAUAAACAACAUUUAGAACGAAAAAACAGAUUGAUAGAAGCAGAAAGAGAAAUGGUUAAAAGAAAACAUGAAUCGCGAACUGAAUUAGAGGCGCGUCGCGAAGACCGUCGUCGACGAGGCAAGAAGCGCUCCGUUAGCCCAGAUGAAGGCAGAACUAAAAAGAACAAGACAAUGCACUCACCAAGCUAUGGGGAUUCAGUUGUAGAAGUUUCUGACGCUAGUGAUGUUGAAAUGAAGAGUGACACUCACUCUGAACCUGAAGAAGGUGAACAUUCCAAUACGGAUACAGAAGAUGGGAGUACUUCUACUGAUUCAGAAUCUGACGCAAAAUCAGAGGAGGAAGUACAAGAUAGUGUUAUGAAUGAAAAAGUGGCCAAAGAUCGUACAAAAUCAAAAUCACCAUCUCCAAAAUCAAUCCAUGCAAGCCCCUCAUCACAUGAAACUAGAAGGUCACAAUCUAGAUCAAAAAGUAGGAGUAGGUCCCAUUCAUUUUCCCCACCGCCACCUGAUGAAAAUGGGAAAACUCCAGUAGAAGAAGUCAAACCCACCGAGGAUGAUGAAAGUCAGAGACUCAAAGAGGAGGCCAUCAAUUCAUUGCCACCCUACUUCCCUGCCCUUCAGGGGUGUAGAUCAGUUGAAGAGUUUCAAUGUUUAAAUAGAAUUGAAGAAGGCACAUAUGGAGUUGUCUAUAGAGCUAGAGACAAAACCACUGAUGAGAUUGUAGCCCUGAAACGGCUCAAAAUGGAAAAGGAAAAAGAAGGAUUCCCUAUCACAUCACUAAGGGAAAUCAACACAUUACUCAAGGGCCAGCAUCCCAACAUCGUCACCGUGAGGGAAAUAGUAGUCGGUUCGAAUAUGGACAAAAUAUUCAUUGUCAUGGAUUAUGUCGAACACGAUUUGAAGAGUCUCAUGGAAACAAUGAGGAACAAGAAACAGGUGUUUCUACCAGGUGAGGUGAAAUGUUUGAUGACACAGUUACUAAAAGCAGUUCACCAUUUGCAUGAUAACUGGAUCCUACACAGAGACCUGAAGACAAGUAAUCUGUUGCUUUCACACAAAGGAAUAUUGAAGGUGGGAGAUUUCGGUUUGGCCCGGGAGUAUGGGUCACCGCUUCGCCAGUACACACCCAUAGUGGUCACGCUUUGGUACCGCGCUCCAGAGCUAUUGCUGUGCUGUAAGGAAUACUCCACACCUAUCGAUAUGUGGAGUGUUGGAUGCAUAUUUGCAGAGUUUGUUACAAUGAAUCCACUAUUUCCUGGAAAAUCAGAAGUCGAUCAGUUGAAUAGAAUAUUUAAGGACCUCGGCACGCCGUCCGAACUACUGUGGCCGGGCUACAAGGAGCUGCCGGCGGUGCAGAAGAUGACGUUCGCGGAGCACCCGCCUGGCGGGCUGCGGCAGCGCGUCGGCGCCGACCUGCUCUCGGAGAGCGGCCUCGCGCUGCUGCAGGGCUUCCUCACGUACAACCCCGUGCGACGCCUGUCCGCUGACGCCGCGCUCGAGCAUGCAUACUUUAAGGAGAACCCGGUGGCGAUCGACCCGGCGAUGUUCCCCACGUGGCCCGCCAAGUCGGAGGGCAACCGGCGCACGACGCACAGCCCCAAGCCGCCGGCGGGCGGCGCGGCGUACGCGCAGUUCGCGCGCGCCGACUCGGACGAGGCGCUCGGCUUCCACGUGCAGGCGCGCUCGCUCAACGUGGCGCCCGGCUUCUCGCUCAAGUUCUAGCGCCCGCCGCCGCGCUACUGCCGGCCCCUGCUGCGUCGCUGAAUACGAACUAUCUAUCGACUGUGGUUAUAACCAGAACUAUUUUGAAGUGGGGAAAUCUUGCAUAGAUACCCUCGGAUCCCGCGAAUGGAGCAGUCUGUCGUGCUGCUUUGGGCGGAACUGCGUGAACGGUGCGUACUCUACCGCGUGUCACGCCCAGGUUACAGCCAGACCUGCUGUUUUAGUGCCCACAUACAUAAAUAAAUAACCUACAUUUAAACUUUUGUGGACCGAUUUACUUAUGGUGCAAAUUUGCGAUCAGCAUGUAGUUGCAUAUCGUGUUACAAAAUUCACAGUGCUACCACUAUUCUAUAUAUUUAUUGUUCGUAGCGACGUAGCGUAAAAGGGAUAUCCAUGCGCUAAAUGGCAUUGUUGUGAAUCAUGGAGUAACAGCGUACAUAUAACUAGAGCAUUAUACAGCCUAUUGUACAUAUACAUGGCUCAGACUUCUACAGUCUAUAUUGAAAAUAAUAUCUGGACGAUCACAAUUUAAGCAUUAGAAGGAGGACUUCAUUGUAGUUAAUAAUAUUAAAAAUUUACUUAUGUUUCCUCUUUCUUUUUUCUUAUUAAAACAAUAUCAAUAUUCAAGAACGACCGAUUGAACCAUGUUCUGAGUUGCGACUUAAAGAAGAAGCAGAUGUAAGGGAGCCUUAAUCACUAGUAUGAUAUAUGAUGGUAUAAACAUGAAUAAUCCUUCAAACAAAAGAAAAAUAAAAAAUCAGCAUUUACUUCAUGGUACUUUUGAAAUAUUAUAAGUACUAAUUAUUGAUAAAUUGAUAUGUAUGACAAAAUAUUUUUCUAAGUUAUCUGUACAUAUGAUAUUGUUCUCACUUUGACAUUCAAAAGAUCAUUCUCACAUUGUUUUGAGUUUUUUUUAUAAAUUCUUUUUCUCACAGAGAAUGCCAGCAGAAAAAAGUGAAAUUGUGUUCAAUUAUCCAAAAACUACUUGUAAACUGUUAAGACUGUAUCAAAUGUAUAAUAUAAAAUAAUGUUCUAAGAUGGGAGUACUUACUACGCAAGAAUAUUUAUAACUUUGUAUUCGUCAGCAAAUUUUUGAUUGAUAUUUUUAUUGUAUAAUCAUUAUAUUAUUGUUGUAAUAUGCAUAGCCGAAGAUACAAUUAAUACGGAAUAUACAUUUAAUAUAACUAUGUUCUCGCAUGUAGUUCCAAGCCUUUCGAUCUUAAAAUACAUUUAUAAUCUUAUGAAGUAAAUACUUGAAACUUGUUUGAAUGGUACAUACAUAUUUUUAAAGUGUCAAAAUAUUUUUCUAUAUGUAAAAACAGUUUAGGAAAUAGAUACAAAUGUAAAUACCUCUUAUAAAUAAUUAUUAGCGUUUCUCGAACGAUAAUUAGAUUUAGUAUAAAAUGUGGUAUAAAAUAUACCUAUGUUUUGACAGGA